UUCUCACUACUUUUCCCAUUAACUUUCUCAGAUUCCAGAAGAUUAUAUUUUCUUUCCAUCUGGUCUAAUAAGAUAUUGGUCCUUUUGGAAUUUUCGAUUUUGUUCAGAUUCUUGAACUUUGGGUAGCUAAAAUCUUGACAUCGACUCUUUUUUUUUUUUUUUUAAUAAUUUGUUUCUCUUAUCUGGGUCUGGGUUAUUUAUUUUAAUCAUUUGUUAAAAUUUUUUUCAAAGGUUGUUCGUGUAAGCUUUCAUUAUUUUAAUUUUUUAUCUGAUUUGUUGCACUUCAGCCUGCCCAAUAACCUCACAAUCAAAGGUCUUUUUUUUCUUUUUUUGGCUUCUCUUUAGACACUGUUCUUUAGAGUCAAAGGCUUAUGUUUCUCCCUUCCUUCAAAGCUAAUCUUGCGGUUUAUGUCUAUCUGAUUAUCUCCUGAAAUUGAUGGAUUAGCUGUUGAUAUGAACCUUAUUGCUUCCUCUUGAGGUACUUCUUUUGAUUCAGGCAUUGCAAUAUAUGAUCGCAUCACUCACCAAGACUGGGUUAAUUUAGAGAAAUCAUGUCAUUAGUUAGACCUGCAGAGCUUUCUGCCACACCCUACCAAAAUCAUAAGCUUUACUCAUUGAAUGGGAACAACGAGAAUUCUGGGUUCUCCAACCAAAUAUUUUGCUCUGAUCGGCGUAAGACCAUGUAUAUGACCGAUUCUUACUCUAGUGAGAGUUAUGAGAAAUACUUCAUUGACUCCCCAGUAGAAGAAUUAAUACAGCCAUCUAGUUCUAGCAUUUAUGGGAAUUCAUUUCACCUACAAGAUGCAUCUUCUUACCAGCCAAGAACUGGCACAGGAUCCUUCAUGACCACUCAAGGUCCCUACAACACUUUUGCACCAGUGAGACACUGUGGUACCUAUCAGUUCAAUUCUGAAGCAGAUUACUUGGAAAUUCAAAGCCCAUAUCCAGUGGACUAUGAAGCAGAUGAGAUGAGGUUAAAGCUUCAGGAACUUGAGAGAGCGCUACUAGAUGAUAAUGGAGAUGAUGAUGAGGAUGAUAUGUUUGGAAAUAGUCAAAGCAUGGAAAUUGAUGGUGAAUGGUCUGAACCAAUCCAGAAUGUGAUGCUCCAUGACUCACCGAAGGAGUCUUCAUCUUCAGAUUCUAACAUAAGUAGCAUUAGCAGUAACAAAGAAGUGUCACAAUUAUCUCCCCAGGCUCCCAAGAGAUUGCUUUUGCAUUGUGCUGGUGCAAUUGCAGAAGGAAAUUUUGAGGUAGCUGAUGCUCUAAUAAAUGAGCUCCGGCAGAUGGUUUCAAUUCAAGGAGAUCCUCCUCAGAGGAUUGCAGCCUACAUGGUGGAAGGUCUUGCAGCUCGUAUGGCUUCCUCUGGCAAAUAUCUCUAUAAAGCUCUGAAAUGCAAGGAGGCCCCAUCUUCUGAUAGGCUUGCAGCUAUGCAAAUCCUAUUUGAGGUUUGCCCUUGUUUUAAAUUUGGAUUUGUGGCAGCAAACGGGGCCAUAAUUGAGGUCUUUAAAGGUGAAAAGCGAGUUCAUAUAAUAGAUUUUGACGUAAACCAAGGGAGUCAAUACGUAACAUUAAUACAAACAAUUGCCAAUCAGCCAGGUAGGCCACCAUACUUGAGGUUAACAGGGGUUGAUGAUCCAGAGUCAGUACAUCGUCCUGUGGGUGGCCUGAAAAUAGUUGGGCAAAGGCUUGAGAAGCUAGCAGAAGCAUUUAAGGUGCCAUUUGAAUUUCAUGCAGUAGCAUCUAAGACUUCACUUGUUAGUCCAUCAAUGCUGGACUGCAAGCCUGGAGAAGCACUUGUAGUUAAUUUUUCUUUCCAACUCCACCACAUGCCUGAUGAGAGUGUAUCAACAGUAAAUGAGAGAGACCAGCUACUUCGAAUGGUUAAGAGCCUAAAUCCAAAACUUGUAACUGUAGUUGAACAAGAUAUGAACACUAAUACCGCCCCCUUUUUCCAAAGAUUUGUCGAAGCGUACAAUUAUUACUCUGCAGUGUUUGACUCCCUUGAUGCAACUCUCCCAAGGGAAAGUCAGGACAGGAUGAAUGUUGAAAGGCAGUGUCUAGCACGGGACAUAGUAAACAUAGUAGCAUGUGAGGGAGAUGAAAGGAUUGAACGGUGCGAAGUUGCACGCAAAUGGAGAGCAAGGAUGAUGAUGGCUGGCUUCACUUCAUGUUCAAUGGGUCCUCAUGUGGUGGAAACGAUUCGGAAGCUCAUAAAACAGUACUGUGAUAGAUAUACAUUGAAGGAAGAAAUGGGUGCACUGCUUUUUGGGUGGGAAGACAAAAGCUUGAUUGUUUCUUCAGCAUGGAGGUAAGGAGGAACAUUUGGUUACAGCAGCAUCAUUUAGCAGGACUCAACUUUUGUUUAGUCUACGUAUUUAUUUUUUUGUGUGGAAUCAAGAUGCAUGCUGAUAUAUGUUCUUAUUAUACAAAAAUUAAGGACUUCCUAGUAUUGUGUAAAAUAAGCCUGAUAGAGUGAUGUAGGGGGAUUGCUAGUUAUUUUAUCAAAUUCUCUUAUCUCUUGCUGCUGCCUUGCA